GACUGCAACCUAAAGUGAUUGUAGAUGGAAAAAUAGUGUGUCUAAGAAAAGGCGUGUUUGUUGGUAGUUCCGAUGAAGUCUGUGCGAGUGAACAAUCUGAUUUUGGUGAUUGAUUUGUGUAUGUCAGAUUUUGAAAUGUGUGUAACUGUAUACCAUGGACUUGUACAGCACAUUGGCAAUGUGUGUUCACCUCUCCAGCUUUCAGCUAGUAUGCUCAAAGUACUUUCUUUAUUAAAAUGAUUUGACACUUUUUGCCCUUUUAAUAGAUUUGUCAGCAAGUAAGAAUACUUUUGUAACUUUUUGUUUACGUAUAAAGUAUAUACAUUAUGUAAGUUAAAAAGUUUUGUCUCUUUUUUAGCAGGGGCUGUCAAAAUUAGCAUAACGCAAGAUGGAAUUUUCUAGAAGCAGAUAAAAUUUUGAUGCUGAGUUUAAAAAGAAAAUACAUGUGAGACAAUGCUCUGCAAGAUGACAAAGAAAUGGCAAAUAGCAAAACCUAACAUAUUUCAUUAGCUUACAGGAAUGGGAUUUUUAAAAACGGGACUUUUCCUGAUUUAUAUUUUCACUUAGAAAGUUAUUUAUUUGCAUUGUAUUCUCUUGUAGCACGUUUAACUCACUUCAUGGUGGAAUAUUGAGUGAUAUGUAGUGCAAGUUCUGAUAUGUAUAAAAUAGGUAAGAACUUGUGUGAACUAGAAAUGAUGCAGAAUCAAUACUAUUCACUUGUCCUGACUUCCUUUCUGAUCAUUCUUCUGCUGCAAGAACUUGUCCCUAUGGAUUAUUUUGGGAAAAUAUUUUUGAAUCACUCUCUGUAGUAGUAAAAUAAGAGCACAGCAGCAGAGACACCCCGUGCAAGUAUGAUCAGAUGAAAAGAAUGGGAUUUAUUUACUUGAAAGAAAAGAACUUUCUUCAAGUUGGGAUAUUAUUGAAGAAAAAAAUCUCUGAAAAAUACUAGUUUUUCACAGCAAUGGAGAUUUACCGUUAUUGCCAAAGCAUUCACUAGUUAAGAUUUUGAUGUCCAGAGCUAGUCUUUGAGAUGAAAAAUUUGGGCUCAUUUCCUGGAGCCUUGGCUAAUGGAGAGGACAGUUUAUUUAAGAGCCAUGCAACUGCUGCUGUAUAGGCAAGAUGAGAACAAAAGCUCAUCUCUUAUGUUCAUACUGGGGCAACUGAAAUUACCGGCUUGUAAGAGAGAAAAAUGUAGAGUGGUGAAAAACAUGGCCAUUAAGACUUCCAUUUGGGAUCUGGGAAACUUCAGUGACUCCCUGGUUUUAAUCAGCUGUAUUUUUUAUUCAGACCAGGAACUUAAAUUAGGUCCUCUCAUGACCUACACAGCUUCCUCAAGCAAGAGUGAUUCCUUUGUGUGGGGUAGCUCUGGAACGCAUCAAGGAGAUGAAACAAGCAAUGCUCUGGUGAAUACUUAAUCCCUUGCACGGGUCUGCUCUGUUAGGAGAGAUUGAGAGGAGUGCCGUGCAGCAGGUCUGUGGUGCUCAGUUUGGGAUAUUGGCCUGCCAAGAAAUUUAUUUAGACUUCCCAAGUCCAGUACCCUGAACAUCAUAGUACAGGGUAGUAUGACACAGCUCACUUGCAUGCUCUUACCUCUCUCUUGUUCAAAGCAUAUUGGGUUUUCUGUUGUGGGAAAAGGAAAUAAUAAAAACAAACAAGUAGUUUUGUGACAUGGGAAAGAGCUUUCUUCCCAUCUCUAUUUUUGAGUGGAUUAAGGGGGUUUCAUUCCUAGUGGAAGAUCGUUGCAUGAUUUAUGAUACUGUCUGGUUCCUGAACCAAGGAUACUCACCUGCCUUUUCAGAUCCAGAAAUAGCUUUUUAAAAUGGGAAAAGUGGUUUUAUUUCAGUUUUUUCUCUUGGUCAUUGCAUGUAAGACUCCUUUCUCUUCAUUUCUAACCAACCAAUUCUUAACAAUGUAGAUUUGUUCUAUCCAGUCUUAAUAAUAGAGAGUUGUUUUACUUAUGUACGUAGCUGAGAGAGAUUCCAAGUCAGGGACUAUAUUAGAAAUAAUUAGUCUUGAAGGGCAAAAUGGAAUUUUAAAAUGUGCAUGAUAAAAGAAGUUGCAUUUCAUUUCUGUUUAUACUGAAAUAACAAUUUAUAGCAUUAUAUCCUAGAAAGAUAAUUGUGCAUAGGCCACAUCUUCAAUUUAAUUAGAAAGCUCCUGAAUUAUAGAAAUGCCUUCCACACAGAGUAGUUUCUGUAUUUGUCAGAUAAGCAGUAUACAUCAUGGACUAAGGAUCUAAUUAAGGUUUCAAGACACUGAAAGGUAAGCACUUUAAUAAUUCUAAAAUAAUUUUAAUUUUCAGAUACAGAAAAAUGGAAGAAUACUAAUAUAUCUAUUUAAUUUUCAGUUUUGUUUUGAUUUCACCUUGAAGUACUAGAAACUUCUCAAAGAGCCUAUUUGAACCAAAAUUGUAACUACUGCAUUGAAGGGGUUUGGAUCGUAUCUGAAAUGAAAACUAUGCCUUAAUGCAAAGAAGGAAAAUAAGAAAGCAGAUGAAAUCUGCUUUGAAAAACACAUUUCCAAGGUAUCCUAUUUUGGUGAAGAACUUAGGAAGGACAGUAGAGUUAAUGGAGAGAAGGUCUCUGAAUCACCGCUCUGUGGGUGAAGAAGAAUAGGGAACAAGAAAAAUUAACAGCAGCAUCAAUGUCAAUUUCACAAAACCAACCCUGGCACAUCAACGAAGAGACUAGAAGUAAACACUGACACUGCACCAUCAACAUAAGGAUAUCUUUCAGUUUCAUUGCAACUGGAGCUAGUGACUUCAUACUGAAAAAGGAUCUCAGAGAGGAUGAAAAUGAGGAUGGGGAAGAAGAAGAAAAGAUCUUCCUCAAGCCUGUUAUUGAGGACAGAAAUAUGGAACUGGCCCGAAAAUGCAGUGAAUUAAUAAGUGAUAUACACUAUAAAGAAGAGUUUAAAAAAUCUAAAGGCAAGUGCAUAUUUGUACCUGACACCCCGCAGCUAAAACAUGUGAAAAGCCUCGGUGCUUUUAUUUCUGAGGUGAGAUAUAAAGGAGCUGCUAAGAAAGACCUUUCCAACUCUCUUUAUCAGCAGAUGCCAGCCACAAUUGACAGUGUAUUUGCAAAAGAAUUAAUGCACCUUCAGAGCAAGGUUCUCUAUAAACAAAAGCAUGAUGCUGAGAAAGGAUUUUCAGACUAUGCACGCAUGAGGGAACCUCCAGAUGUUAAACAUGCCAUGGAAGUCAGUAAACACCAGAGUGAUGUAUCCUAUAAGAAGGAUGUGCAAGAUACUCAUAGGUACACUGAAGUGCUGAACAGACCAGAUGUAAAGAAGGCAACUGAGAUAACAAAGAUAAUAAGUGAUGCUAAGUACAAGAAAGGAAGGGGAGAGCUGAAUAAGGAGCCUGCUGUACUUGGAAGACCAGAUUUUGAACAUGCUAAAGGAGUUUCAAAACUUUUAAGCCAAGUGAAAUACAAAGAGAAGUUCAGUAAGGAAAUGAAGAGUCACCAGUACAAUCCUCUUGACAGUGCUUCCUUCAAGCAAGCGCAGAUUGCAUCUACCUUGGCAAGUGAUGUGAAUUACAAGAAAGAUUUGGAAAGCCUACACGAUCCAGCGUCUGAUCUACCAAACCUGCUGUAUUUAAACCAUGCUUUAAAUAUCAGCAAAACACAAAGUGAUGUCAAGUACAAAGAAAAUUAUGAAAAAUCUAAAGGCAGAUCAAUGCUGGAAUUUGUGGAUACACCAAUGUAUCAAGUUUCAAAGGAGGCUCAAAAGAUGCAAAGUGAGAAAAUGUAUCGCAAAGAUUUUGAAGAAGGGAUCAAGGGAAGACCCUCACUGGAUUUAGACAAGACCCCGGAGUUCUUGCAUAUAAAAGAAGUCACUAAUCUUCUGAAAGAGAAAGAGUACCGAAAAGAUUUGGAAGAAGGGAUGAAGGGAAAAGGAAUGACAGUGUUUGAAGAUACACCAGAUUUGAUUAGAGUGAAAAAUGCAGCUCAGAUACUAAAUGAGAGGCAAUACAAGAAAGACUUGGAAACUGAAAUUAAAGGGAAGGGCAUGGAAGUUGGUCCAGAUACACCGGAGAUAAGACGAGCCAAGAAAGCUUCUGAAAUUGCAAGCAUGAAAGAAUACAAGAAAGACUUGGAGAAUGAAAUUAAAGGAAAGGGAAUGGAAGUGGGUACGGAUACCCUUGAUAUACAGCGAGCCAAAAAAGCUUCUGAAAUUGUCAGCCAGAAAGAAUAUAAAAAGGAUCUGGAGACUGAAAUUAGAGGAAAAGGGAUGCAAGUUGGUCCAUAUACUCCAGAAAUUCAACGGGCCAAAAGGGCGUCAGAAAUAGCAAGCCAGAAAAUGUACAAAGAUGAAGCGGAGAAGAUGCUCUGUUACUAUUCUUCUGUCCCAGACACUCCUGAGAUGGAAAGGAUAAGAAGUACUCAGAAAAACAUCAGUUCAGUGUUUUACAAGGAGGAAGUAGGAGCUGGCACAGCUGUAAAAGACACUCCAGAGAUUGAAAGAGUAAAGAAAAAUCAACAGAAUAUUAGCUCGAUUAAAUACAAGGAAGAAAUUCAGCGUGCAACAGCUAUUUCUGAUCCACCCGAACUAAGGAGAGUUAAGGAAAACCAGAAGAAUAUUAGCAAUGUUCAGUACAAAGAACAGCUCUGCAAAGCUACACCUGUGAGUGUCACCCCUGAGAUGGAAAGAGUCAAGAGGAAUCAAGAGAAUGUCAGCAUGGUUCACUACAGAGAGCAGCCUGGCAAAGCUACUGCUGUGAGUGUCACUCCUGAGAUAGAGAGAGUCAGAAAGAAUCAAGAUAAUAUCAGCUCGGUCAAGUACAGCAGUGAUCAGAGGCAGAUGAAAGGUAGACGUAGUGUGCUUCUAGACACACCUGAGCUAAGGCAUGUCAAAGAAACACAAAACAACAUCUCAAUGGUAAAAUAUCAUGAAGAUUUUGAGAAGACAAAGGGCAGAGGCUUCACCCCAGUGGUAGAUGAUCCUAUAACAGAGCGUGUACGAAAAAACACCCAAAUUGUGAGUGAUGCAGCAUAUAAAGGUGUGCAUCCACAUAUCGUUGAAAUGGAUAGAAGACCUGGAAUAAUUGUUGAUCUUAAAGUUUGGCGCACAGAUCCUGGCUCCAUCUUCGACAUUGAUCCUCUGGAGGACAAUAUUCAGUCUAGGAGUCUGCAUAUGCUUUCUGAAAGAGCAAGCCGUUACAGUAAGCAGUAUUUACAUUCUACCAGUCUGGGAGAUUAUAAAUCAGAUGGCUCUGACACGAACCCUACCUUUUCUUACUGCAGUGAGGUAACAAGGCCAUCUGAUCUUGAAGGAGCCCCUGUUCUCCCUGGGGCAUAUCAGCAAAGCCAGACUCAAGGAUAUGGAUACAUGCACCAGACCAGUAUGUCAUCCAUGAGGUCCAUGCAUUCACAGCCUCAUUCAACAAGUCUGAGAACAUACAGAGCUAUGUAUGACUACAGUGCUCAAGAUGAAGAUGAAGUUUCCUUCAGGGAUGGUGAUUAUAUCAUCAAUGUGCAACCAAUUGAUGAUGGCUGGAUGUAUGGUACUGUUCAGAGAACUGGGAAAACAGGAAUGCUUCCAGCAAAUUAUAUUGAGUUUGUUAACUAAUUUUUGUUUCUAGUCCUUUGAGCUUUAUUAUGAUUUAAUUAAAAUCUAACCUUUUAGAAAAAAGUCAGAAGAAUCUUUUAAGAGUUCAUGAUCAUUACUUUAUCACUGCUACAACAGUUUGCAUUCUCACUCAGAAUCCAUUUUAGAGUCCUUUAAAGAAAAAAAAAUCCACAAGAAGCUCAGAGCUUUGAAAACAGCAUUGCUUAUAAUAGUGCUCUCUCAAAAUGAAAAACGUAUAUGGAAGCCUGGUGCUGCCAAUCCUAUAAAGACUUUGGUCAAUUAACUAUAAAGGGGUAAUACCUUUUCCUUACACUUCAAAGACGUUAUAACCAUAAAAUUGAUUCACUUCUUAUGGCACUCUGAAGUCACAGGAGGUUAACACACUGAGUUUGAACACAUCUUCAAAUUAUUAGGGAAAUGUUUAAUGUUUAAGCAGUUAGCUUCCUAAUAAAAAUUAAAAUGUUGAGUAGAUAAUCCAGUCAUUUGAAAUAAAGACAAGUAAUACGCCAGUAAAAAAUCCCAAUGAAACCCCCUACUGCCCAGCAGCCUUACAGUAAUUAUGUUUAUUUUGACAGCAAAAAUUUCCUGACUUUUGAAUAUCCACAUUUAUUCUUGGAUCACCCAUUUUUAUUUAUUUCCAUGUGAUCUGUUAGCUUUGCUUCCAUCCCAAUCCAUCAAUUAGAUCCAGGUCUGGAUUCAUGGUUUCUCAGUAUCUUUUCCAUAGAAGAUUCCUUGCAAAGACUAUUUAAAAUAUAAAACCUGUCAACUCUUCUGUUUCCUUCUGUAAUACUUAGCAUUUAAAUAGAAACUUUCAUUAGGGCAACGUACAACCAAUACUUCCUGUUAGUUCCUCUACCUUCACCUGGACUGCUGUAAAUAAACACCCCUGUGCGGCCCCGGUGCUGUGCAGUCACACGGAGCCCGCAGUCACACCCCGUUCUUACCACAGGUAACUCGCUUAAUGGCUGCUUUGCUGAUGAGCUGAUGUCCCUCCCCCUGCUGCAGAAACACUUGUGCCUCCACUGAGCAGUGGAGGAGAGCUCUGGUUCUUGUAGUGCAUUUCAGAUCAGUGGCCUACUGCUUCAGUUUACUCCCAAAUUCUUGGUGAUCCAACAGUGGGUUGUACGCUUGCCAAAUGAUUAAUGGUGGAGAAGUAUUAUGUUUUCUUUUAGUGACCUAAUCUUUCUCAUAACUGAAUGGAAAGCUAACUAAGCAAAAUCCAACAUACUCCAUGCCAUUAUUUCAGUUUAGCCAUCUGUAGAAAACAGUAAAAAUAUUCUGCUGACAGACCUUCACGUGUGCUAUUUGGUGUCUGUUAACUUCUGGUCAGAACUGAGAGAUCCAGGUCAGUCUGUGAGGCUGGAGAGAGGAUCAAACAGCUGGUGAUACAGUGGAUCUCUAAGAUCUCAGCAGGUUUGGGUUACAGGGAACUUGUUUUUGCUUUGACUGGGUGCUGCAUUCCCUCCCAGGGAGAAAUUCUGGGAGGAAGGACAAAAGAGUUAAAGAUUCAUCUGAGAACUUACUCAUGGGGAUGCAGAGAUGUGUAAGGAAGAAAAUUUUUAUCAGAUAAAAUAAUUUGUGAAGUUCAGCCAUGUGCUAAGGAAAUUAACUUUGAUGUAGCCCUCAGAAUACUGAGUGUGCACUGGCUUUCUUUCAUUUCUAAAAUUUCUAAAGUAGAAUUAAAUAUAGAGCUUUUACACAAUUUUGAAUUUCUUAUCUCAUAUAUUAGGCAAUCCUGCAUUAGCUAUUUAAAAACUAAAGAAGGAAAGCAGUAUGGAUUUGUUAUGUCAACUGAAAGCUGUCAAUGCAAAUACCUGCAAGUUCUAUUUUUGCAUACAGUUAAGAAUUGUAAAGCUUACGCAAUUUUAUUUUAGGUCUUGCUAACACAGGGAUGAUUCCAGCUGCCAAGCAGAAUGGAAUGACCGCAUUAAGAAAGAAAAAAAUUAAAAAUGUCUGUGACUGUGGAAUUACCUGUGCUUUCUUGUCAGCAGCCUAAUUCCAAGGCUAAAGCUUCCUAGGAGUAUCUAACUUCAAAAAAUGUGUUUUGAAAGCAGAGUUCCAUGACUGUAAAUAUAUAAUUUGUAUAGCUGACUGCUGUGAUUUAAAAUUCUUGCAAGUUUUGCCUAAGGAGCUGCUAUUGCAGCAGACCCUUGUGCAUUACUGGUGACAUCCACAUAAAAUCAGCAAGGCAAAUGGAUUUUUUAAAGGCUGAUGUGGUGUGCUGAGCUAGAAGCUCUGAAACAAGCAGUUUGCUUCUGUGUUGGUUUUCAUCACUGGCCAUCAAGAGCACAUAGAGGAAUUCCAUCUUCUGCUGGCUGGCAAAUUUUUCAGAUGAUGCCUGAGGCACAAUUGGCUGUCACUUGCUGCUGUGCUUCUCUAUUAGCUGUGUAAUGCUGACAACAAUAAAAACAAAGUGUCAGUUUGUUAACCAAAUAUGAAUAAAAAAGAAAUAUAGACAAUAUCUAUAUGGCAUCAAGUGGCAAUUUUUAGUGACUUAUAAAACAGAGUCUCCACCUAUAAAUACACAAUCAUUCUUCCUAAAUGAGGAGACAGGUUACAGUGUUAAACAAUUUAUGUAGAGAAGUAAAUCAGAAAAUGAGCAUUUGGUGACAUUAGAGAACUAUGUUAUGCUGAACAAUAGAAAUAAAAUUUCCUUUAUGAAUUUUGAAUAUUCAUUAGCCUGGCAGAGCAGCUAAAUCAAUUUGCAAAAAAUAAAAGGUCAAGAAAACAAACAGUAUGUGAAUUGCAUUUCUCUUGAGAAUGGUAUGUCAGCAGAAUUAUUAAGAUCUGGUUUAAGUUACUUAUUCUUGUAGUCAACUUUUUUGUCAUAUAUGCUUAGGAAUUCAUGUUUAUAUGGAAUGGUUCCUGCUUUUGAUAUAAAACAAACUUUACUGUAAUUUUGCAGUUUUGUUCUAAGUAAUGCAAUCAAAGGCCCAAAAUUACCAGAAUGCAAUUAUAAUUUUUUUUUUUUAUAAGAUCUAAAGUUUGUAAGGUAGGGAGAGUAAGUCAUAACCUAAAUUGUGCCAGCACACGUUUUUCAAAGCAUAUGUUGGAGACUGUUACAUGCAGUGUGAUAUAGGGAUGAAAAGAUGUUACAUGCUGUCUUGUCACCUUUAAAGUUUAUAUUCAUUUUUAGCACAGCAUGUUCCCCUCCCUAUUCUUUCUUCCUGUAGUCAACAUUUUUCUGGGGAAAGGAAAGGGCUUUUAAGGACUUGAAUUUCCCAAGCUGUUCCAAAGUUCAGGUUGGAAGUCCACAUGUUCCCAUUUUAGAAAUAAAGAAUUCUGCAAAGAAUGCUGUAAUUCUUGCUAAUAUGAGUAUAAAUGUAGAAUAUAGAGCGUAUUCAUGCAUACAUGCAAGAACAAAUGGGUGCCUUGCUUUUCAUUACUCUUUCUUGCCUGGCUAAUCUUCAUUUUCUAAACAAAGUUACAUACAGAUACUGCAGUUGUAAUUUUUCAUUAUGGAACUAUUAGCAUUUAGUCUUGAUGAAACAGGGUUUUCUUGAUUACAUUUGACAUACAAUAAACUACUUCAGCAGAUUGGGAUUUGACAGGGAAUCACCUCCCAUGGAUUAUGUUUUUGACAAAUGUGUCCCUGCCAAGUGUUUCUUGGGGAUAUGGAAGGUCUCCAAUACUUGGGAGAGGUAAUAAUUCUAGUUUUUAUUGUACAGUGACUGCAUGUCAUCUUGUACAAUGGAAAAGAAAUAACAAAUACACAGGUCUUUGGCAGAAGGUGGUACAGGGUAUAAAAUCAUAGAUUUUUAUUAAGUUGAUUAAUACUCCAUUUAAAAUAGAGAAUAUGCUUUAGUUAGUAAACGUUUAAACAAUAUACUGAAACAGACAGAAGAUGCUGUUGAUAGAAGUCCUCCAAACUGAUGUGCUGGCAAAUGCAAAGUACUAGUGAGCUGUAGAAGAUUAAACCAUUUUGCAAUGCUUUAGUGAUUUUCUCCAGCUUUAUGCCAUAGGAAUCCCAUCUCUCCUUUGGAAAGAAAACCUGAAAGCUCUAUUUCCUAAACUGCCUGCACUACAACAAUAUAUUCAAAGGAAUUUCAUAUGCUUCUUGUGUCUGAUAAAUAGAAUUUGCAUAUUGUACUUAAGUUGUAAUCCAGUUGUUGUUGACAUUUGUUUAAUUAUUAUUAUUUUAGGGGGGGAAAUAAGCUAUACUGUAGCAUUUCAAUUGUGUAUGUAAUAUUACUAUUAGAAAUUGCUAGACCAUUGGAAGACAGCAAUGACUGUAUUGACAUUGAUUAGCAUGAUGUGGAAAAUCUCUCAGCUGUUGGUUUUUGCAGUGUGAUAUAAAAAGCAAAAAUGAACCGCUGUGCAGUUUGGCUUAUGUUUGCUUUAAAGUGUGUAAAGUUUUAGUUAUUUUGCAAAACUGUACUGUAUUUGGGGGUAUACAGUUAUGAAGGUGACAAUUGUUUUUCAAAGGACAGAUAAACUUACUCUUGGAUCAUAUGAUGUAUCAUCUUAAUUUGGCUUUUGUUAUGCAGAAAGUUAACACCAGCUAUUAAAAUAUAUUUUAGUAGAAAUGCUUUAAUUCCUGUUUCUUCCUCUACACUGUGAAUAUUUAAGCUUUGGUGGACUAGAGCAACAUCAUGCUGCCCAAAGUACUAACCUAUGCAAACUAGUUCACAUUUUAGUUGAUGUCACAGUGGAUGUAACAUAACAAUUUAUUUUGCAUAACAUUAAACGUCAUUCAAAUAAAAUGUUAAACCCA